AUGCCACCUAGACGCCCAAAAGCAAAAAAAGCAUCCAAUCCCUAUUUCAAAAAAAAAAAUUCUCCACCUACUACAUAUAUUUUUAGUGACAAAAUUCGUACUUCUUUUCCAGUCUAUGUUGAUGAGACUGGUACUAGAUUUUCGGCUUUCAUAAAAUUGACACCUCUCCAAAGUACUAAAAACAAACAAUAUCGAGAUAAAUAUAUUAAAUGGCGUUUAACCAAAGUUAAAUGCAUUUUCAAUCCAACUUACAAUAUAGAAGAUGGAAUUGAACAAAAGUUAUGCUCUUUACACAGUUUUCUAGAUCAUAACGAUGAGUUAUCUGAAGCUUCAUUUAAUAGUUUGGUCGCACACAAAAAAACCAAAGAACAUAAGACAUACGUUAACGCUGAGCAUAACUAUAUUGCCAGUGAGGCCCAAUGGUUUUCCACUCAAUCCACGCCACCGUCCAUGGCAACCAUAUGGUUCUUUGGAACCGUGUCUGGCUUUGCAAAAAAUCCAAAAAAUACAGAAGUAGGAGUAAUUUUGUUUGAAAGUAAUAUCCAAUAUAAAGAAACAGCAGUCGAACCGGUAGAUACCAUAAUAAAUGAUCAAUAUACAUUUUAUGGAAAUGGUGAAUUAGAGCUUAUAAGAAAGCGACCUGAAAUAACCAAUGAUUCUAUUGUAAAUAGAGAAAGGGUGCCUGAAAAUAAUAGUAGAGAGGACCAGGUACCUGAAAUAAUUGAGUUAUCAAGUGACGAAGAGGACAAAAUACCUGAAAUAAUUGAGAUAUCAAGUGAUGAAGAAAACCAGACACCUGAAGACGAACGGACACCCGAAAUAAUUGUGUUAUUAAAUAUUUUAAGAGAACAAACUCCUGAAACGGCUAUAAUUAAUGGUUUUUGA